AUGGCCGCCCAAGGCUUCUGGGACCGCCAUGUCCAUUCGUCCUCCUCGACGCUCCGCAACAUGAUGAACAUGAAGUACCCGGUGCUCACGCUGCUCCUGGUGUGGGCGCUGCUGGCCUUUUUGAUCUUCACCACCAGGUCGACCGUGUUCCUCGGCUCCCCCAAGUCCACCACCACGACGAGCAUCUGGGAGCAAAACCCCUCACUCUGCCGCAACCCGUCGCACCCCACCCUCCGCAACGAAUCCGACUACAACACGCAGCUCUCUUCCCAAUCGCCCGUCCGCAUGGGCAAAGUCACCGUCCUCUACGGCGACGUGCACCCGACGUACGAGCGCGCGCUGCGCACGCACCAGCUGCACAACCGCAUCCACGGGCUGCGCGAGUUCGUGCUGCGCACGCAGGUCGUCGACGGCGUGUGGAACAAGCCCGCCUACAUCCUCUCCGUCCUCGUCGACGAGCUCGCCAAGCCCGACCCCGCCGCCCGGCUCGAGUGGCUGCUCUGGGUCGACGGCGACACCGUCGUGCUGAACCCGUGCGUGCCGCCGUCGCGCUUCCUGCCGCCCACCAACAACGACUUCGACAACCCCAUCAACGCCAUCGUCACGCGCGACUGGAACGGCCUCAACAACGGCAUCUUCCUGCUCCGCGUCUCGCCCUGGUCCCUCGAGCUCUUCGCCGGCAUCGUCGCGUACCGGCAGCUGCGGCCCGGCGAACCGCUCACCUUCCUCGACCAGAGCGCCAUGGAGCACCUGCUGCGCGAGGAGCGCUUCCGGGACAACGUCGCGUACGUGCCGCAGCGCUGGUUCAACGCGUACCACGCGCUGCAGAACGAGACGCUGACCCCGGCCAGCAUCCGGCGCGGGGACUUCCUCGUGCAUUUCGCGGGCAGGGGCCGGCGCAGGGAGGAGAUGGAGUUUUGGCUCGGGGUGGCGGAGAGGCACGCGCCGGAUUGGGAGUUGGACUUUUGGCGGACGGGGUAUCCCGAGGAUAUUGGGGGGUUUUGGGAGGAGUGGGGGAGGGGGAGGGGGAGGGAUGGGGGGGUGGAGUUGGAUGGGGUGGUGUGA